CCGCCGCCUUUGAUUGGUCUGGCCUGCUUGCACAGGAACUGGCGGUGAGCGAGUUGUCAACAGUCUGUAGUACAAGAGAAUACGAUAGGGCGAUAUGUACGGUGAGCUGUAAGUACAGACCAGCCCGGUGCAAGGACAUGAAAGCGAUAUACGCUCUCUGUCUGUCAGCCUCUGAUAGGUGUCUGCUUGUACUGGGAGCUGCUAAUGAAAAUCUGCAGGUCCCCAAGAGAAGGCACUGCAACAGCAAGCAAGGCAGGGUGUAAGACUGUGACACAUCUGUAGGACUGCAAUGACAAGUCCGAGCAGUAGCCAUGCAGAAAGAACAGGUGCAAUGUCCUCAAAGAAGCCGACCACCCCCAAACUGCAGGUCCAGCGUUCCCUGUCAACAGAGACCAUCACCAUCCACUUCUCUGCUUUUGGGAAGGAGGAAGAGGAGGAGGAGGAAGAGGAGCUGUACGGAGAUUCUUCCACGGAGGAGCUGGGCGACCAAAGCGUUGUAACUGCCCUCGAAGCCAAGGAAGAGCUUGUGUUUGAGCAUGAUCCCACUACCUCAGCUAGCGUGGCUGUCCUGCCAGUGGCCUCAUCAACACUACCCUCCUCUUCAGCAGCAGCGGUGCCAAGCGAGUUCUCCACCUUCCCAUCCGUGCCACACGUCUCCAGCACAGCUGUGGCCAUAUUGUCGCCAUCGCCAGCCCACAUGAUCUCUUCUGCAAGCUUGGGGAGCUCUUCCUGGCCUUCGGAACACAAAACAGCAACUGCCGCUGUCACCGUGAGCACUUUGUCCUCCUCUUCCUCCCCGUCCAAAUCGGCGGCCCUCCCCUUCGGCACGCCUGUGUCCACCCUCCCCAGCACCAAGCCCUUCAUGAGCCUUGUCAAGUCUCUCACUUCCGACGUGGAGCCCAAAGAGCCCGCGCCCACGCUGAGGCACCGGCACCUGAUGAAGACACUGGUCAAGUCCCUGUCCACUGACACCUACAGGUCGGACGUGGACUCUGUGUCGUACCGCUCGCCGGACUCCCGGCUGAACCUGCACCUCUUCAAGCAGUUCACCCAGCCCCGCAGCACGGGCGGGGACUCUAAGACUGCCCCCUCAUCCCCCCUCACCUCCCCCUCGGACGGACGCUCCUCGUUCUUCAAGGUGACCGAGGUGGAGGCCAAGAUCGAGGACACCAAGAGGCGCCUCUCAGAGGUGAUCUACGAACCUUUCCAGCUCCUCAGCAAGAUGAUGGGUGACGAGAGCAGCAGCAGCAGCAGCAAGCCCAAGGCGUUGUCUUCGAGCGCCUCCGAGCUCUCGAACCUCGCCAGUUUGAACGGACACCUGGAGAACAAUAACAACUACAGCAUCAAGGAGGAGGAGUGUGACUCGGAGGGCGAGUGUCUGCCGGGGGAUUCGUUCCCUGGCAGGAUUGAAAGCUCCUCAAGCUUGGAGGAGCAGGGGAGAGAUGCGCACCCUGACGCUAAAAGCCUGCUAGGCGGCGGCACGAAGAACAUUAGGAUGCCGUCUUCGGUGAUGGAGAAGUGCUCUCUGUCUGAGCUGGCCAGCAAAGAGGACGAGGAGUUUUGCGAACUGUACAGUGAAGACUUUGACCUGGACUUCGAAACGGAAAGCGACGGACUCAAACCAGAGGUCUCCAGCGCGGUGGCGCGUAAAGAAGGAAGCACGGACGUCUGCAGUGAAGAUGAGCCCGAUGUUGAUGAUGAGCCACUGCCCAGCAUACCUCUCAAAACCUUGCUCACUCUCAUCGCGCUUGUGUAUGCCUACUUUGUACUGCCUUUGCCUACUUACGUGAGCGGCUUGCUGCUGGGAGCUGCGGUCGGGUUCAUGAUCGCUAUCGGGGUCGUGUGGCUGGUGGCGCCCAGGAGCUCUGCGCGUCUUCACAAGUGCGGCAAGCGCAGGGGCCACCAGUGGAACACUGCGCACUUGGAUAUCAAGGAGCCCGGGAUCUUUAAGGGCUGGAUGAAUGAAAUCUCCAGUUACGACCCGGAAACGUACCACGCCACGCUGACCCACUCUGUCUAUGUGCGACUCGAGGGGUCCACGCUGAGGCUCUCCAAACCCAACAGAAACAUCUCCAGGAGAGCGUCCUUCAAUGAGUCCAAGCCAGACGUCACCUACGUCAGCCAGAAGAUUUAUGAUCUCACUGCCAGCAAGAUUCACCUUGUGCCCCAGAGCCUGGCCCGGAAGAGGGUUUGGAACAAAAAGUACCCAAUCUGCAUCGAGCUGGGCAAGCAGGAUGAUUUCAUGUCGAAAGCGGAGGCGGGGUGGGACAGGGAGGGAGCGGAGGAGAGCGUUGAGGCAGGAGGGGAAGAGCUGAAGCAGCCCCUGCUGUCCCAGGAGGGGGGGCUGCCGGCCCAGCCGCCCAGCCACAGGGACCCCACGCUGUACCUCUUCGGUCGGACGGGGAGGGAGAAGGAGGAGUGGUUCCGCAGGAUCCUGCUGGCUUCCAGGCUCAAGUCGGAGGCCAAGAAAGCAUCCAGCUUACCAGGAAACAAGCCGGGUAAAGAAAGCAGCAGCAGCAGCAGCAGCUUGUGGUUCGCCCCGUCUCACAGCAUGAAUAACAGCCAGUCGGGGGCGCUGACGCACAGCCGCAGCAGCAGCAAGGGCAGCGUGGAGGACGUGGUGUCUCCGCCCAAGCAGAAGGAGCUGGCGGUCAGCGUGAGGCAGAAGAUGCUGCUGGACUACAGCGUGUUCAUGGCCAAAUACAUCCCCCUGGAGAGCAUCAGCAGCCCUGCCCAGAGCCCGGCCCACAGCACUGACAGCAGCCCCAGCGCCGCCAGCAAGUUGCCAAGCAAUCCGCUAGAGGAAGAGCCCGAGGCCUGGGUCAACGCUUUGCUAGGGAGGAUAUUCUGGGAUUUCCUCGGAGAGAAGUACUGGUCUGACAUUGUGUCCAAAAAGAUCCAGAUGAAGCUGAGCAAAAUCAGGCUGCCGUACUUCAUGAAUGAACUGACUCUAACAGAGCUGGACAUGGGAGUCGCUGUUCCAAAAAUCCUGCAAGCCUCCAAGCCCUCCAUCGAUCACCAAGGUCUGUGGAUUGAUUUGGAGAUUUCCUACAAUGGGUCUUUUUUGAUGACGCUGGAAACUAAAAUGAACCUGACGAGGCUGGGCAAGGAUCCCGUCGGGGAGGGGCUCGGACGAGUCGGGGAAAUCGGGAGAGAAGGGGUCAGGCCGAGGACGUACUGUCUGGCAGACAGCGACGAGGAGUCUUCGAGCGCCGGCUCCUCGGAUGAAGAGGACCCCCCUGACCUGCCUGCGGGAGACAAGGCUUUAGCACUGGGAGCAGAAGGCUUCGUCGGAGGGCAUCGAGCCAGCAAGAUUAUGAGAUUUGUGGAUAAAAUUACGAAAUCCAAAUAUUUUCAGAAAGCUACAGAGACGGAGUUUAUUAAAAAGAAAAUCGAAGAGGUUUCCAACACUCCACUGCUGCUGACUGUGGAAGUGCAGGAGUGCAGAGGCACUCUGGCUGUGAACAUUCCCCCACCACCUACUGACAGGGUGUGGUAUGGUUUCCGAAGCCCGCCACAUCUGGAACUGAAGGCUCGUCCCAAGCUGGGAGAGAGAGAAGUGACUUUCGCACACGUGACAGACUGGAUAGAAAACAAACUAGAGCGCGAGUUUCAGAAAAUAUUUGUCAUGCCAAACAUGGAUGAUGUGUAUGUCACUGUAAUGCAUUCAGCCCUAGACCCCAGAUCAGGAGUGGAGGGGGAGCCUGCGAAGGAACCCAGCCCGGAGACUACUGAGCGCCUAUAAAAUGUGAAGAACUCGCUGUUUACAGUAUUAUGAAGGGGGAGGUCCGGGUGCUCGGAGCUCUGACCCAGUCUCGUUUUUCAACCACUUGUGCCACCUUCGUAUCAGCUUCUUGGGAUCUGUCUGUAUUGGAAAACAACUGCGUUUCACCCACUCCCCCUCGCUUCACCCACUCCCCCCUCGCAGGACUGCUGCCCCCCUCGCUUCACACACUCCCCCGAGCAGGACUGCUGCCCCCCUCGCUUCACACACUCCCCCGAGCUGGACUGCUGCCCUUCUUGCUUCACACACUCCCCCGAGCAGGACUGCUGCCCCCCUCGCUUCACACACUCCCAAUCAGGACUGCUGCCCCCCUCGCUUCACACACUCCCAAUCAGGACUGCUGCCCCCCUCGCUUCACACACUCCCAAUCAGGACUGCUGCCCCCCUCGCUUCACACACUCCCAAUCAGGACUGCUGCCCCCCUCGCUUCACACACUCCCAAUCAGGACUGCUGCCCCCCUCGCUUCACACACUCCCGAGCAGGACUGCUGCCACCCCCCUCCUCCUCUCUCACAGCUGUUGUGCUUCUCAUUGAAGGACUUUUAAACAGGUCAGGGUCGUAGAAAAUGAUACAAUUAUCAGCUUACUGCUCAGUUUGCUUUCAGUAGGAGAACUGUUUAAUAUAAUAAUAAUAAUAAUAAUAAUAAUAAUAAUAAUAAUAAUAAUAAUAAUAAUAAUAAUUGUAUAUUGUUUCAGGUAGUUUUCUACAAAAAAAAAAAAAGAAAAAGAAAAAUAUGUAACAAAAAAAAGUAACUUGCAUAUUUGCUGCGGAGGGGCUGGGUGGAGCCAGUGAUCCAUCUCAUUAGAAAUGCAUUCACCCGUCACCUUAUGUUCAUAUAAAGACAGAACUAUCAUUCCAAAGGCGUUGCACCACACAUUAGGAUGCACAUUGCAUUAUCAGACACUGUUUGCACAGUUCCGGAUUGCAGGAGGAAUUAUCAGGAUCGAGGUGGAAGAAAAAAAAAAAAAAAAAAAAAUCACUUUGUGGUGUACGUGUGUGUGUGUGUGUAUAGAUGUGUGUGUGUGGGGGCGACUGCUCCAUCGUUAUACCCGAGCGUAGAGCACAUAAUACUGCUAUGUGUACAGUAUGGGCAGGGUCUGCAGGGGGAUGAACAGGUUUCAAGUUGUUUAUUUUGAAUUAAGUGGUAUAUAAGUCACUGGAGGUGAUCUCCAAGGUUUUAUAUAAAAAUACCACAGAUUUAAACGUGAGACACACCUUAACCAAACCUGCAUAACCUGGUCCACAAACACUAACAACGUGCUUAUGAGAUUCAGCUGACCCUGUGUUAUUGAAUGCUCUGGAUAACCCCCAGCCCCACGCUCCACCCCGCCCAUAUUUAAUGAAAAUCUUUUGUAUGAGAAGUGGAGAGUUUUAAUGGCUAGACAUGGCUUCUUCAAUUCGAAUGCCUCCACAGAACAGUUUUUAUCCAGCUAUAGGUUAGUUGUAUGUGUACGACGAUGAGAGCAUUUCAGAACCCCUUUAUCGGAAGCCUGUGUUUUAAAAGAUGUAUGUAUAUAGGUGAUUAAUAAGACUUUGUAAAUUAAUGUGUGGUUAUUCCGGACAAUUUGAAGUGUUCAGUUCUGAAUGCAGUUCAAAGAUGCAAUGGUAGCUAGCUGAGAUGUGCAGCCAUUGGGUUGUAAAGAAUGAACAGUUCCCGAGAUGAAUCUGAGCUUUUUCUAUAUUAAUACUGAAUAUAAGAGCUGUGCUGUCACUUUCACCAAGCACCCGAUGCUGUGUUCCCCAUUCAGACUCCACCCGUUACAUUUGUGAAAAUGCCAACCAUAGGAACAUGAUUUACAUUAAAUAGGAUCUCUGAAUUCUAAGGAUUAUCAGUAACUUUGAUGGAUACUCGUGACUUAAAACAGCCAUAAUCAAGAAAUAUUAGCCAUAUUAUUGAGAUGCCUUCUGUGAGCCAUUGGUUUAAUAGUCUGUGCUCUUUUAAUGUUUGAGGGUUGAACUAAAAUAGCAAUCGUUUUAGUUUCUUCACUAUGAAGUCUGAUUGUUCAGAGAAUAGGCCUCAUUAUUGACACUGCUUGUAUUUGGUAAAACUAUUCUGGUGUAUUCAAGUCUUGUUUAUUUUUCUAAUGAAGUAGCUUACUUACCAGUAUUUGAUUAGCCGUUUUCCAGUAAAGGGUCACUGUGUUGCACAGCGUUUGCGUACCGUAGUCUCUUUUACACGUUGCAAGUCUAACGAUGCACACCAUGCCAUGGGCCAGUGUUUGCGUGCAUCCUCAUUAAGGGAUGGCACUUUCAUUUAAAAGGAGUGAUCACCAAGGCUUCAGACCCUCUUGAUAACACUAGAAUGAUCAGUCAGGGAUGUGCAGAUUUAUUAAAGUAGGUUUUAGAAAGUUGAAAUCCUGGUUUUAAACUUUCUAAAAUGUAGUGUUGUAUUUCAGCAAUUCUGCAUAUCCCUGAUUUAAAACUGGAUUUUAAAAAGGGAGAAGGAAAUGGGGACCAAUGCUCAUUACAGUACUUUAAAGCCUUCGUGAUCACUCUUCUAGGUCGACCAGUCUUAAUUACGAACACUAGCAAACACGUGGAACUGCAGGGCGUUUACAAGUAGUGUUGUAUGUGAUGCUGUAUGCGUCUGGUCUUGUGAAAUGUAUUAACCGAGUGACUGGAACAGUGAUUCUGGUAUGAAACGCUACAAAAAGAUUACAGGUUUUGAUUUAGUUUUGUUGCAAACCAUUGCUGUGAAUUGCAAAGGGUUCCGCUAUUUACUCCGUUGCACUUGUAACUAUGCUUAAAGAAUUCUCAGUGCAUAGAUUUGUAGCACAGCCUUGCAAGGACAAUGAACAGCUAAGUGUUUUUAUUUGUGUGUUUUUUUGGAAAAAAAAAAUCUAAAUAUGAAAAUAAUAUAUUUCAAAAUGUGUUUUUUUCAGUUUGCCAUACAAGUAGUACAUAAUUAUUAAUUUAUUAAAAUUGGGGCGCAUACCUGUCUUUGUUGUACAACACUACAAUAUGACUGCUCGUCCAUUCUUUGCAUUUUGCAUGUCUUGAAAACAGGCCAAUGCAAGCUGUUUUUGUGUGUGUGCUUGUGUGUGUGCAAUGAGCAAAUCCAUGGACAAAAUGCACUAAAGUCUUAUCUUCUGUAUGGAUUAUGUCAUACCACACUUCACAUAUUAAGCUAUGGGGAAGUGAAACUAGCUUGCUCUAAUCUUAAUAAAUAAAUGUAUUCAUCUUCCCUUA